AUGACCCACGUUGUUUACCAGGGCGUCGCCAAGGCCACCGAAUGGAGUUUCGGUAAUCUUCUUUUGGCGUUAGCCGCGGUGGUUGGUGUUGUAGGUGUCGUCUUUAUUGUGGCCCCAGGUAUAAUAAUAACACAAGCUCUUACUGCGAUGGGAUUCACUUCUGCGGGAGUUCAAGGUGGCUCUGUCGCUGCUGCCGUCCAAAGUACGAUGGGAGGCAAGAUCGUGGCUGGCGGUCUGUUUUCACUGGCACAGAGCGCUGGGGCUGGAGGCGCUACCGGGAUAGCGGCCAUAAACGCGGGCGUUCAAGCCGUAGGGGCGUGGGUUGCUGCUGCUGCUGCUGCUGCCAUUGGAGGGCUUGCAUGGCUGGCGGCGAAGAGGCCUUACUCUUGCGGCUUCCAACGUCAUGAACCGGGACAGGAUACGGGGUUCAAUCUCUCAACCAGCGUUCAGCAACCUCAGGCUCGGUCCCUUUUCCUUUCCCGGGCUCAAGUCAUGGCAACAGCGACAGUAACAGCCUUAACCGCGCUUAGUUUCUUUACCGUCCUUGCAGCCUUUUUCUUUGCCAGCCCGUUGCGUGCAAGGACCAGCAUAGCAGCGACACGACAUGGCAGAGAAGGCAUAUACGAAGACAAAGACGGAGUGGCUUCACCAACAGCUGUGAACGAAUACGCACGCUACACUCGGCGCCUUCAAAUCUUCAUUCAUCUGGCUGCUCUGUUCGGCCUUCUGUUAUCUGUCACGUCUGCCUCUUUGCUGGGCUUCCCGCUCCGCCCGGUUAUCAUCACCGUGGAAUGGAUCUUGGUCAGCGCUGAUGGACUCUUCCUUGUACGCGAGUCUUCGCAAACGAGAAAGUAUGCUAUCGGCCUCUGGAUAUCCUUCUCAGCCAUUGCACUCUCUUCUGCGCUGGUCAUAGACGUGUACGCUUUGUACCACACACAGGGAUACCACCGGCCUGCUGGUCAUCUUGUUUCUCUUGUUUCCCAAGCUGCUCGAUGGAUCCAGCUAGGCAUCGCCCUGGCCCUCGCUGUUGCAGGUGCGUGCUUGCAACGAAGGCCCGUUGUGUAUCACGAUGGUCAAGCUGUAGAUGCGCAAUACACCUGCUCCGCUCUCCAGAGAUAUACUUUUACCUGGUCCCAGGCACUACUCAGUCGAGCCAGGAAAGUUAGCAGGCUUGAGUACGCAGACCUUCCCUGUCUAGGCCACAACACGAGAUCUAAAGUGCUUUUAGAGAGGUUUUCUGCUGUCCAGAGCGUUGACUCUCGGAACCCGCUUUGGAAGGCAAUCAUUCGUGAUCACCGUGCUAAUUUCUACCGACAAUGGCUGCUUGCUAUCGUCGAGAGCUGCGCCAUGAUGCUGCCCCCACUAUGUCUAUACAAAAUUCUAGUACUACUUGAGCGGCAGUCUUCUGCUUCAGCUGGCCCUGGGGUUUGGCUAUGGGUUGCAUGUCUCCUGAUCUCAAAACUGAUUCACUUCGGACUGGAUACCUGGCUGCAGUGGGCCAGUUUUGGAGGUCUGGCCAUACCGGUUCGUUCUCAACUGUCUGCUUUGAUUUUUGCGAAGUCUCUUCGCUUAAAGAUCAUAGAUACCGAGCAUAGCCCUGGAACAAAUAUACCAAACACGGAACAGGAAGUUUUACCACCUGCUUCGAACGAAAACAACGAAGCUCAUGAGACUGAUGCUCUCCUAUCAGGUGGAGAUACUGAUGAGGAGUCUGCAGACAAGUUAGACUCACAAAAAGAUGAAGGAGAUGACACGACAAACGCUAUGAGCCGAGGGAUCGUCAACCUCCUAGGGGUAGAUGUUGAAAGGGUUUCAGAGUUCUGCGGCUAUAACAUGGACUUGCUCCGUGGCAUUGUAAAGAUAACAAUCGCCGCUGGGUUUCUUAUUGUCUUACUAGGUUGGAGGAGUACUCUCGCGGGCUUCGCCGUCCCCGUGUUGCUGGAGCCAGUGAACCGCGUGGUAUCAAGGUACUAUACGGCCAAGCAACUUGUCGUUAUGAAUGCUCGCGAUAACAAGUCUCGCGUUAUUGAAGAGGCUCUUCACGGAAUUAGACAAAUCAAGUUCUCCGCAUCCGAACCUCAAUGGGGUAAGAGCUUGCUCGCCGCCCGAGAGCGUGAACUAAAAGCACAAAGGGAAGUAUAUAUUUGGGGAAUCAUCCUCACGUUCUGCUGGAUAUCGAUGCCAAUGUUGAUAGGCGCAACGUCUUUCAGUGUAUACGCAUGGACGACUCAGCAAAUGACUGCCUCCGUUGCAUUUACUGCAUUAGCUAUUUUUUCAAGCCUAGAGUUCACGAUUAGUGCCCUUCCAACGACAAUCACAGAAAUGCUAGAUGCGCGUGUGAGCGCUGCUAGAAUCCAGGAACACCUCGAAUCCAAUGAGCGCGAGGAUAUUAUUCAGCCGGGACCAUGUGUUGAGUUCAAAGAUGCAGAUAUUGCAUGGCCUUCCACCGAAUUCAACUCAAAGUCCUUUUCGCUUGAAGGUCUAAACCUGGCUUUCCCACCAGGUGAACUUAGUGUAAUAUGUGGCAAGACAGGAACGGGGAAGAGCCUGCUCUUAGCUGCCAUAAUUGGAGAAGCUGACCUUCUCCGUGGCCAUAUUGCGAGCCCAAAACAAAACAAAACAAUAUCCGGAACAGACCAGCCUCUGUUAGAUACCUGGACUACUCCCACGGCCAUUGCUUAUGUUGGACAGGUCCCUUGGAUCGAAAAUGCUUCGGUCAAAGACACUAUUCUUUAUGGCCUUCCCUAUCAUCGGCAACGUUACGCACGUGUAUUGCACGCAUGUGCACUUGACCAAGAUAUAGCAAUGCUUCCAGAUGGAGACAUGACAGAAGUUGGAGCCACAGGUGUGAACCUCAGCGGAGGACAGCGUUGGAGACUCACAUUUGCCAGGGCUCUAUACUCGAAAGCCGGGAUACUUGUCUUGGAUGACAUAUUUAGCGCGGUGGAUGCUCACGUCGGCAGACAUAUACUUGAGCAUGGGAUUGCUGGCGACUUGGGUGCAGGUAGGACUAUCAUCCUCGUUACCCAUCAUGUUAGCCUUGUUGAGAACCUCGCUGGAUAUAUGGUCGACCUGGACAACGGAACUAGUGCAAGACUCAAAUCGAACUCAAGCAGUGUGCAAAACCUGACACAUCUUGAGAGACACGAACAGUUUUCACACUCUCUUACUGCCUCGAAUGACCCGUACGGUGAGCGGGAGUCGAUCAGCUCCGUCACCAUUCGGCCUAGGAAGUUUGUCCAGGAAGAAACUCGGGAACAUGGCCGAGUCAAAUGGAGCGUAUACCGAAUGUAUAUAACGGCAUCAGGCGGUUGGCCGUUUUGGGUAUGCGCAUUGGGUAUUUUCGCACUAUCUGCCCUGGCAAUAAUAUUUCGUUCCUACUGGCUUGCGCUCUGGACCAAGGUAUACACGGAGACCUCAGAUAACUCAUCAGUAAAGCCUAGUCUGAUGUUUUACCUAAGCAUAUACCUUGGAAUAGCGAUGAUUUCACUUCUGGGAAUUUGUGUGAAGGUCGCGCUGGUAGUUAUAGCUUCCCUCCGCGCUGCCCGACAUAUGUUUGAAGGGGCAAUCCACAAUGUGCUUCGGGCCCAUUUGAGAUGGCUGGACACCGAGCCCACCGGGCGAAUUUUGAAUCGUCUAGUCGGUGACUUCGCUACGAUCGAUAGUCGUCUAGGCGGAGAUCUGAUGUGGUUCUUAAAUGGAGCCUUCUCUAUCGGAGUUAUUGUGAUAGCGGCACUGUUCGUGUCUAUCUGGAUGUUGAUACCGAUGACGGUCCUCGCGUCCAUCUGCCUAUAUGUGGUCAAUCUAUACCUAGACGGCGCCCGAGACAUUAAGAGGCUAAACUCAAGCGCCAAAUCUCCAAUCUUUGAGCAUGUCGGGUCCGCUCUUUCUGGACUCGCUACUAUUCGCAGCUUUGACAGAGCUGAUGACUACAUGGAACGGAUGUUUAGAUAUAUUGACAAAUACACACAAACUUCAUGGUAUAUUCUCGUUACCACUCAAUGGAUGAGGUUCCGACAAGGAGCCCUAGGCGUCGGCUUCACUUUGGUUAUUGCUGCUGGGGUGGUCUAUCUACCAGGGAUCAGUGCAGCGAUUGCCGGGUUUGCUCUUAGCUUUGCCCUUGACUUUUCCAGCGUCGCAGAAGAGACAAUUACCAGAUACACUUCCGUGGAGCUAGCUAUGAAUGCAGCAGAGCGGGCACUCGAAUACAUGCAACUAGAUACAGAACCAGCCACCGGUGAUCCUGCACCAGAAGGCUGGCCAUUAUAUGGCCAAAUCAAAGUCACAAACCUCGAAGUAGGAUAUGCGCCUGAUCUAGAGGCAGUUUUGAAAGAUGUUAGCUUUCUUAUACGCCCUUGCGAGCGUAUUGGAAUAGUGGGACGAACUGGAAGCGGCAAAUCGUCCCUCACGCUUGCAUUAUUUAGGUUCCUCACAGCACGAAAGGGUACAAUCGAGAUUGAUGGCGUGGAUAUUUCACGCAUUAAACUGCAUGACCUACGAAGUCGCUUGGCUAUAAUACCUCAGGACCCCAUACUAUUCUCCGGGACUAUUCGUUCUAAUUUAGAUCCUUUUGACGAAUAUCCCGACUCCGUGCUUCAACAAGCUCUGCAGCGGAUCGAUCCUAGCCGAGCCGAGCGCACUUCUGUAUUUCAAGAUCUUCAUUCUCCUAUUUCACGGGGAGGCUUGAAUUUAAGUCAAGGCGAGAAGCAGUUGCUUUGCCUUGCGCGAGCCAUGAUUACGCGCCCUAAGAUCCUGGUCUUGGAUGAGGCAACAAGUGCUGUGGACAUGGAAACUGAUGCCUUAAUGCAAAGCAGUAUUCGUAAUGAAUUCCGCGAUGCCACAUUGCUCGUUAUAGCACAUAGACUUAGCACUGUAGCCGACUUUGAUAAGCUUCUAGUUAUGAGCGAUGGCCGAGUUGUUGACUUUGAUUCCCCUGGUGUCCUGGCACACCGAGACGGCAUGUUCCGCCGGAUGCUCGAGGACAGUGGUGAAAAGGAGAUGGUCCAGAAUUUACUACAGUGGUAA